CUUGGUUUGACGCAUUUCCUCAAACAGUGGAAUACAGAGAAGAAAGAUAAUUAAACGUUGACAGAUAUCACACACCUGAAAGGUAAAUAGACGCGAGCUGGUGAUUCCUAACUUAACUUUGCGCGCAUGCGUGAUGCACUUUCUAAAACAAACAGUUCCAAACUGGAGCUGCUGCGGUAACUGACGGAGGUUGGUCACACGUUGAACCCGUCUCUAUACAGACAGAUACCGGCCUUCCCUUAGAACCGGACCAGUCCAUGGCUCCUCGGUAUUUCUGAUCCCGCAAUAGAGUGCGGAGCGAGUAGUUCCCCGCAGCUGCGGUCGGGUUCAGACGCUUAGAAUUGUCCAUUCUGCGCGUGUCCUGCUGCUAAACAUGAACCGUCCCAACCUUCGGAGACUCUUCUCUGCGUGUGAUGUGAACAAGUCUGGUCAUAUCGAGUUCGAGGACUUCACCGUCGUCUGCCGGGAGCUCAACGUCCCCGAGAGAGACGCUAGAACUUUGUUCGACAAGUUCGGGGCGUCCGAGGAUGGAUUCAUCGACUACGACAGGUUUUCCUCCAGCUUCCAGGAGGUUUCUGAGAUUCUGGACCUGGCCUCGUUUGACGCAGGUGCAUCACAGGCGGUGUGGGAAGAGUUUGAGGAGAAGAUGGGCGCGGAGGUGCUGCUCUCUGACAGUCUCAGGGAGCAGCUGGCUGAUCUUCACCGAGCCAUCCACGCCUCUGCAAACAUGACUCUUCUGAGAGCUUUCGAGGAAGUCAUCCAGGCCGUCAUCAGCCAAGGCCUGGAAACCAAACAGCAGUGUGAACGCCUGGAGACCAGUUUGAAGCUAACUGAAGGGCUGAACAACAGUCAGCUCGCAGAAAUGGAGGAGGAUAUCCAGCAGCAGCUUGAAAAAACAGAGGAGCGGGUGCGAGACGAGGAACAAAACAAAUUGGAUGCAGCUAUGGCAACCAUGAAGGCGAAGCAUGAAGAAGAGAUUGCGGACCUUCAUGCCACAGUCAACAGACUGUUAAAAAGUCAAGAGGCCUCUGAUCUGCACAAGACAAAAGAGGACACGUUUGCACUCAGAAUAAAGAUCAACCAACUGUCACAGGAAAACGAGCAGCUCCGAUGCUCUCUGCUGCAAGCAAACACAGAGGUGUCCAUCCUGCACUCGGAGCUGGACAAGCUGAAGAACAUCAACGCCGACCUGAAAGCCCAUCAUGAAAGAGAAAAGGAGGAUUUGAAGGGGAUGAUGAUGGAAUAUGAGUCCUACUCCAGUCAAAUCCAGACCCUGCAGGAUGUCAAUAAGAAGCUGUAUGACAGUAAUGAUGAGCUGCGUUCAGCUUUGGCCAAUAAAGUGACAACAUCUAAGAGGAGGCUGUCUCCUGAAAACGACAUGCCUGCCCGAAAAAUGAAGCCUCUGCAACAGAGCACGCUCAUCAUCGACAGAAGCUCCGAGCAGAACUCCCACGUGGCCGACUGGGCUGAAAGGUACCUGGACAGUGGGGUCUCAAUGCAGAUGGACAUAACGGAGAGCUUGGGCAGCGACUAUGACAGUGACGACGGCAGAUGCUCUAUGGAAACUGUGCAUGCCAGCUACUCUGAGGUGGAGUUAUCAGACGUGAAAUCUGAAGCUGCGGUGUCGGUGGCUCCCAGCAGAGCGAGCUCAUUUGCCUCCUCCGUGCGAAGACCACUGCCUGCCUUCUCUUCACUACCCUUUGAAGACAGCAUGGUAGAUGGUUCAGAACCGGCUCCGAUGUACCGCCUAGUUCUAGCAGGAGAUGCAGGAGCGGGAAAAUCAAGCUUCCUUCUGAGGUUGACCCUCAACGAGUUCAGAGAGGACCUUCAGAGCACACUCGGGGUGGAUUUCCAGUUGAAAAAGAUGCUGGUGGAUGGAGAGAUGACGAGUCUGCAGAUAUGGGACACAGCGGGGCAGGAGAGAUUCCGGAGUAUUGCUAGGUCAUAUUUCCGGAAAGCUCACGGAGUCUUGCUGCUGUACGAUGUGACCUCAGAGCGCAGCUUCCUGAAUGUCCGAGCGUGGGUAGACCAGAUUCAGGACUCUACUGAUGAGAAGCUCCCCAUUUGCAUUAUUGGAAACAAAGUAGACCUCCGGGAACAGUGUGAAAAUCGUAGCUGUGUAAGGAGUUUAGAUGGGGAAAAGUUGGCAAAGGCGUACGGUGCCUUGUUCUGUGAAACAAGCGCCAAAGAGGGAAGCAACAUUGUAGAAGCUGUGCUGCACCUUGCAAGAGAGGUCAAACUCAACGUCAAAUUGAGGAAAACACCUGAAUCUGAGGUCAGGCUCGGGGAAACCCACUCAAAGAAGACUGUAAACAGCUGCUGUGGACGGUAGAGCUGCUGUCUGUGCACACAGAGCAAAGGGCUACACACUUUUAAUCUGAAAGGAAGAGCAGAGGUGUUCUUUCUUUAAAAACACUUUAAUACAUUUUUACUAUUAAACUUGAGAUGUAGCUUUA